UGGAGUUUUUAAAGUUCAAAUUGAGUCUUUGAAUGCAGUAAGGUGGGAGUGGAAGAGCAAGGCGAACGGCGGUGCAGGAAACAGCGGGACUUGUGGCAUUAAUUGAUAUUUGAUGAUAAGCCUGCAGAGGGAGGAAUGUAUAUGUAAUUCCAUGUAUGUUAAUGCUGCAGACGGUGGCUUGGACUGUGUUGUGGGGGUUAAGAUGGAGGACUAGUUUGGUCUGGAAGAUGUGAAGGAUUGCAGAGUGAAGGAUCUCCCCAACUCCCUUUACAAUGUUAAAUCUCUCCCUCUCUCCCUCCCUCUCUCCUUCCUUCCUGCACCCAUGGAGCUGCUGGCAAUAACACAGCAUGCAUAGGAGAGGCAAUGGAGAGCUCCCUUUACCGGAUGGUUGGAAAGUGUCGAGGGAUUACGACGGCAGAGUGUUCUACAUCGACCACAUCUCCAAGCAAACCAGCUGGGUCGACCCGCGGGACAGGUUUACCAAACCUCUGACGUUUGCCGAUUGUGUGGGAGAUGAACUCCCCCUGGGUUGGGAAGAUGCCUAUGAUGACCAGAUUGGCGUCUUUUACAUUGACCACAUCAACAAGACAACGCAGCUGGAGGACCCGCGGGCGUGGUGGAGGAAGGAGCAGGAGCGGAUGCUGAAGGACUACCUGACGGUGGCCGAGGAUGCCCUGGGCACCCAGAAGGAGCUCUACCAGGUGAAGGAGCAAAGGCUGGCGCUGGCCAUUGAUGAAUACGUGCGUCUUAACGAUGUGUGGAGGGACAAGACCGGCUCGCGAACCAGCUUGUUGUCAUCAUCUUCCUCAAGCACCAAGUACGACCCUGAUAUCCUGAAGGCUGAAGUAAUGACCACAAAAGUCCGGGUAAACAAGUUGAAGAGGGAAGUUUCCCAGAUGAAGCAAGAACUCUUCUACAAAGAACAAGGGUUCGAAACCCUUCAAGAAAUCGAUCGGAAGAUGUCAGGAGUGCAGAAUGGUUACCAACUGACAGAAGCCAAGGCCAUCAUGAGUCGGCUAAAAACGAUCAAGAAGGACAUUAGUACGGGCGAGAAAGAGAAACAAGAUCUGAUGCAGAGUCUCGCUAAACUGAGGAGUAGAUUCCAGUCCAACCAACACGUGGGAAGCUCAGAGUCGGACCUGCAGUCUAAUCUGGGCAGUUCCCAUCUCUCCAUCCCCAGGCGCUGCCUCGACGUCGGCUCCCAAACCAAUAUCAUUGGAGACUUUGGACCAAAAAGCCAGGCCAACUUGGCAGAGAGUGUCAGACUGAGUCUUCAAUAUGAAGAAGCAAAGAGGAGAAUAGCGAAUAUAAAGAUCGAGCUGUCGAGGCUGGACUCGGAGGCCUGGCCAGGGCUGCUGGACGUUGAGCGAGACAAGUUGAUGUUGAUGAACGAGAAGGAGGAGCUGCUGAAGGAGCUGGAGUUCGUGACGCUACGCAACUGCCCCAGCGAGGAGUGCGAGCGGCUGGAGCAGCGCAGGAGGCGGCUGGAGGGGGAACUGCACUCCGCUCCCUGCAACAGCACCCACGCACUGGCCCAGAGGUUAAAGUUACAAGAGAAGAGAAAGCGUCUGGUGCAACAGCUGGAGGAGGUGACCCAACUAACCUUGUUCCUGCACUCACAGCUCAAGAGCCUUUCUGCGAGCACGUUGAGCUUGUCUUCGGGGAGUAGCCUGGGAUCGCUGGCCUCGAGCCGCGGCUCGCUCAACACCUCCAGCAGAGGUUCUUCCCUCAACUCGCUGAGUUCCGCCGAGCUGUACGGCAGCCUCUCGGACCAGCCGGCGCUGGACCCGGACACCCAGUACAAGCUGGACUUCAUGCUGCAGGAGAAGGCGGCCUACAACCCCUCCGCCAUCGCCACCAUACACGAGCACGAGGUGGCACGGGGACCUGGCGCCGUCGAGCCCCCCUUGAGUUCCAGGUCCUCACUCUGCUCCCUGUCGCCCCCCAGCUCGCCACUGGUCUCGGACGUGGCCUUCCUGCCACCGGCGCAAGACUCGCCGCCCCACCGGCCGACGGGGGUCUCCGAGGAGCGCCGAGCGGCCUGGGACUUUGCCUUUCUCGCACCCUACGGUGACGGCAGUGGAGAUGGGGAGAGCCAAGCGUUGGUGGAACCAGGGCAAGUCAGCCAUAACCUGGACCCUGGCAUCCAGGGCAGUGGUGGCCAGAGCAGUGAUGAACCGGAGCAACCUCUCACCGCGCCAAACAAUGGCAACGCAGGCAUUGACUUGGAGCGGAAUGCGGGGGGAGAAUUACUUGAAGAGAAAGUGCCCUGUGUUUCAGCUGCCGUCUCUGAUGAGUCCGUUGCUGGAGACAGUGGCGUUUACGAGGCCUCGAUCAAAAGGCCAAGUGAAACGGAAGAUGCUAUUUAUGAUGAUGAUGAGACUUCUCCAUUGGAAGCAGUUCAAAUCCAGAUUGGAUUGAAGUAUGAUCCCAACCAUGGAAGCUUCAUCAUAAUUCUGAUACAACUGAGGAAUCUGACUGCUUUGCUUCUGCCUACUGGGUGUAAAGUGUACGUCAGAGCAGCGCUGCUCCCCAGCCCGAGCGACUCCAGCAGCCUGUUCCGCACCAAGGUCCAGAGUGUCGCCCGGACUCUGGUCCUCAGGGAGGUGUUCAGGGUGGACAUCGCCCGGGCCGCUCUGCGCCAGAAGACGCUGCGAGUGGACGUGUGCACCGUGGGCGAGGCGCGGUUGGACGACUGUCUGGCCGUCACCCAGAUCAGCCUGGCCGACCACGGCAGAGGAGGGGAUAUGUCCACGUGCUGGUACAACAUGCUGCUCUACGAGAACGUGGACAUUCAACACAGCUGCAGCAAGGCACAGAGAAGGGGUACCUCCCUCACGUCACAGCCUUGCAGCACUCUGGACAAGGAUGCAGUGUCUGUCCUGCUGGAGAGAAUGUCUGUGGAGCUCCUGGCAGUGGAGAAGGAGUUGGUGACACCGGACAGAGGGCUGCGGUUGCUGGGGGCAGACAGGACUGGAGCUGGGGAGGAAGGAGGUGGCAGUGGUGUGGAGGUGGAGGAGCGAGCGGCUGCAACUCUGGAACCGUCUCAGAGAGAGUGUGAUAAAGACAGACCAGGCGAGAGGGAGCCCAGCACAACACCGCCCAUACUGGUGGACAAGGAGAUGAACACGGAUGAAUCUACGGUGGAGUAUGUGUCUGUCCGUACCAAGGAGAGGGCCAGCCUGGGUCAGAGGCACAACAACUUUGUGAGGAGCAGCAUGAUCGUGAGAUCACAGACCUUUUCCCCAGGGGAAAGAAACCAGUAUAUCUGCAGGUUGAACCGCAGUGACAGCGACAGCUCCACGUUAGCCAGAAGAUCGCCGUUCGUGCGUAACGCCAAGGAGCGACGAAGUUUGAGAGUUAAAAGGCCUCUGUGCCAGCCACUGGUGAGAAGGAUGGCUGAGCCUCCGGUUCACACAUCCCUGGACUUGGAGCUGGAUCUCCAAGCCUCACUGACGCGACAGUGCCGGCUCAACGAUGAACUCCGGCGGCUCAGGGAGCUGAAGACCCGGUUGGAGGAGGUGAAAGCGAAGGGAGAGACCCGGCUCCCCGCCUGGGCGGUGGAGGACGGAAGGUUCCAGAAGCUGCUGAAACAAGCAGAAAAACAGGCCGGCCAGAGCAAAGAGGACCAGAGGAAAGAGUGGAGGACUGAGAAGAUGAUGAGGCAAGCAUCGAAGGAGGUGUGCAGACUCCGUGAACAGAGCCACAAGGAGCUGCAGCAAGUCCACACGUUCAGGGAGAAGAUGGCGUUCUUCACGAGAGCAAAGAUCAGCGUUCCCUCACUACCUGCUGAUGAUGUCUGAUAUUGUUCAGAUUACCAAGUGUUUUUCAACAUUUUAGCGGAUUUUGAUAGCUGGCAAAAAGUCUUUCCCACCCAUUCUAAUAUUAUAGAUGUAAAACAUUUGUAAAUUAAUUGCAAUUGAAUACCUAUGUAAGUAAAAAGAGAAGGGGUUUUUUUUUGUCUUAAAAAAAAAACAAGGUACAGGUCCACCACCAAUAUUCUGGCCAAAGACACUUGAGGAGCUCCUCUAAGUAUCUUUGAUUCUGGCUAUUGGUGUUCCGGCAUCUCCUUUAAUCCGGACAAAAUUACUACUAGAGAGCGCUUGAAAUCACCCCCCCUUCCCCUCGCCUGGAAGUCUCCCCGAAAAUGUGUCACCUAGGCCGGGUGAGGCAGCCGAUCUCGACCUCAUCGGGACUUCCGCUGCCGAUCAGCGGGUGGAAUCUGCCCCCUGCGGCCGGGGCUCUGGAACUCCGGCCCGGCAGGAGCCGGCAGAUCCGUUCCCAUAGCCGACUUCCGGGCCGACUCUGCCCCCCGGGCUCCUCUCGGAGGCUGUGACCUCUGUUGGUCCAGCAACACGAAUCAUCCAGAAAGACUCCGUGACCAAGGGUGCCGGAAAAUCAGUGGUGGACCUGUCACAUAAUUCUGAAGCGUUCGUGCUAAUUUUGUACAGUUUGUGCGUGAUUUCUGGAGUGCUUCUGUUUUGUAAAGAAAGGAAUGAGAAUGGAGACAGUUUGGGAAAAAACUGUAUUCUGUUGAACAGCACUACAUUUUAGAAGAGAAA